AUGGCUGCUGCAUUCAUGAUCAAGCCGUUGACUUCAUUCUACACCGGAAGAGCUGGAAACUCAGAACUAUGCUCCGUUGAAUCUAGGCCAUUCAACAAGCAAAACUGUCGUUUCAGUGCAAAUUCUCUGGCGUUUUUCAAAAAGUCUAUCAGCAUUGAUUCCAAUAUUAAGAAUAAUGGAAUUGUGUGUAAAGCAGUUUCUUUGCAGCCACUAACUGAGAUUGAAGGCCUCAAUAUCGCCGAAGAUGUGACCCAGCUUAUAGGGAAGACUCCGAUGGUUUACUUAAAUAAUAUUGUAAAAGAUUGUGUUGCAAAUAUAGCUGCGAAGCUUGAGAUAAUGGAGCCAUGUUGCAGUGUCAAGGACAGGAUAGGAUGCAGCAUGAUAUCAGAUGCUGAGCAGAGAGGACUUAUAACUCCCGGGAAGAGCAUUUUGGUUGAACCUACAAGUGGAAACACGGGGAUUGGACUGGCAUUUAUAGCUGCUUCAAAAGGAUACAAGCUCAUCUUAACUAUGCCUGCAUCAAUGAGCCUUGAGAGAAGGGUUCUUUUGAGGGCAUUUGGAGCUGAACUCGUUUUAACUGAUGCAGCCAAAGGCAUGAAAGGAGCCGUGCAGAAAGCUGAAGAAAUAUUGAAUCGCACCCCAAAUGCCUAUAUGCUUCAACAAUUUGACAACCCUGCAAAUCCCAAGAUACAUUUUGAAACAACAGGUCCAGAGAUCUGGGAAGAUACAAGAGGCAAGGUGGACAUACUUGUUGCAGGGAUUGGCACUGGUGGAACCAUUUCAGGAGUUGGCCAAUAUCUUAAAAUGAAAAAUCCUAAAAUUAAGGUUAUCGGCGUGGAACCCACAGAAAGCAAUGUCCUGUCUGGAGGAAAACCUGGCCCUCACAAAAUUCAAGGGAUUGGAGCAGGUUUUAUUCCAAAGAAUUUAGAUGAGGAUGUGAUGGAUGAAGUUAUAGAGAUAUCAAGCAACGAAGCUGUUGAAACUGCUAAGCAAUUAGCUCUUCAAGAGGGCCUGCUGGUGGGUAUUUCUUCUGGAGCUGCAGCUGCUGCAGCCAUGAAGGUUGGAAAGAGACCUGAAAAUUCAGGAAAGCUUAUUGCGGUUGUGUUUCCUAGCUUUGGAGAAAGAUAUUUAUCGACAGUUCUUUUCCAGUCGAUCAGGGAGGAAUGCGAGAAGAUGCAGCCUGAAGCAUAA